AUGGAUGCCACUUCCAAAUGGCCAGAAAUUUUCCGGUUAAAUAGGAUUACCUCGAAUACUACAAUAUUGACACUUAAAACUAUUUUUGCCCGUUUUGGACUUCCCAUUGAAUUGGUGUCAGACAACGGACCACAGUUUACAUCUCAAGAAUUCAAACGUUUCAUGUUAGUAAACGGUAUUGUUCAUCAUAGAGGAGCACCAUAUCACCCUCAGACGAACGGACUGGCAGAACGGGUGGUUCAAUCGGUGAAAAAGGCCUCACACAAGAUGAGAGAUCAGCCCGGAACAUUCGAGGACAAACUCCAGUGCUUUUUGACCUCUUACCGAAACACACCUCAUAAAUCUACUGGAAAGACUCCUGCGGAAGUACUGUUGGGUAGACAAAAUCGUGGGAAAUUUGAUUUGUUUCAGCCAACCGACCUAAUGAAAAAGGAGAAGAUCAAAGCGGAGUUCCAGGCAGGAGAAAAGGUGAUGGCGAUGGAUUUCUACCUCGGGAAGAAUAAAUGGCUGGAAGGAGUAGUUAACCAUCGUAUCGGAAAUUUUUCGUAUGAAGUGCAGAUUGGACACCAAAUCAUUAAGCGUCAUUGCAGCCAAUUACUGCCUAGAGGAAGAACCGAACCUGAAGAAACAUGUGACGUGAUGCUACCCCAAGUAGAGUCGGCAUCAAGAGAUCGACGUAUGGUGACAACCGGAAUCACGACGGAGAAUCAACUACCAAUCGCCUCCCCUACACCAAGCCAAGCGACUGCGGGACCAAAGGAUCUGCCUGCAGUUCCAACAGAAGCAGAAGUUAUGAAGAAACAACCGGCAGUUUUAUCAGAGGAGUUGACAGAACCAGUAGAGGCUUCCCUACACCCUGGCCUUGCCCUUACUCCUAAGUCGACCUGGUCCCUGACGUCACGAGCAGAACACUCUGUGUCAGAAGUGGGAUCUGACGAAGAAAAGGUGUCCACCACGUGCCGUCGAGACAAAUUUAACAUGGAAAAGAGAUCAGUAAUAAGACAAACUGACCAAAAUACUGAAAUGGAUCAAGAUGCCCUAACCGCGGCACUGGCAAACUUGAUGGCUAAUCAACAACAGCAACAACAGAUGUUCCAAAUGCAAUAG